AUGGGGAGAGGGCACCUCGUGUUAUUGCUCGGGCUCACGAUCGGUGGGUUCAACAAAGAUCCUUUCAAUUUGAAAAAGAUAUAAAGUUGCAGGCGUAUCCACUGGCAAUGAUGAACUGCAGGAGAGGACGAAUAAAUUCAUAAAGGAACGGCUCGUUCCGGCGCUCCGUCUAGCAGAAGGUACGUUUUUCAUACAGAAAGAGAGAAGAAAAUGCUCGGCAAACAUUCCGGGUGGUCGAACACGAACAUUGUUCGCAAGAAAGUCGAUAUUUGAACUAGAAACCUGAAAAAAGUGGAGGCCAAACACUCUAUCAGGAAGUUUGAAGUAACGCGAAACUGGAGGAAACAGAGAGAUCACGCUCGACUGGUUGCUUCGAACUGAUGAAAUCAUUAUUCAGUGAACUCACUUCAACUCCAAAUUUGCUCACAUGAGUAGAUUGAAUCAAAGUUCACGGGAAAACAUUUCUAUUCUUAACAGACAUCAUCAUCCGACGUUGAUUGUACUUUUUCCCGGAAAAGCAAUAGUAGUUGUGCCACUAUACUUGCACUUUCCGGCUAAUCCGCCAAUAUCUCUGACUGCACGUGACUUUUGGCUCGAAUAAAAUUGAAUUCUGCCGCUGAUUGGCUUGUCCGGUUAUAGUUUGCUUCAUUCACGACUUCUGACCGGAUUUGUUUCCAGAAAUAGCAAAUUUUUAUUCAAAAUGAAUGAGCUCGAGCGACAAGGCACAAUGACGUGCAGUUGUCACACUAAAUCCUUUUUUCAGUCAAAAACAUUGACUUCGACCGCGUACGUCUCUGUUACUGCUCGAAAGAGUUCGGUUGCAAUGCCCGAACGACGGGAUGGGUGCCAGGGUUCGGAGAGGACAUGAACCUGACAGAGCCCGAGAGGAAAUUGUAUGAAGUGAGCACAUCGGAAUGGGAUCGCCGAGAAUGCAAAAAGAUGUCUUUCAGAACACGUGCUACACAGAUGGGGACUGCUAUCAGACGGCACGGCCUUACCCUGAAAUCAGCUCGUUCGGGUGCAUGGACAUGAAAUCGGAGAACGAUCAGACGGACUUCCACGAUACGGUAGCGAGAGUGUGCUCGAAUCACUCGGUCGGAGCCCACGCGGCCUUCUGGAUCUGCUGUGAUAGCGAAAACUUUUGUGCGAAUGAAACAAUCAUUUAUGUGGUGAGCGAGCGCUUCGUGAUCUUUUUACUUUACCUGAAGCAUUCAUUUCAGCCUGCUCCACCUGAGACGUUCCUCUCCGGCUGGAUACCUCGAGUGAUUAUCUUGAUCUUCCUUCUUGUUUCGGCAAUUGUCGGCGUUUUCUUCUUAACGAGCACAAAGUGGAAGGAGAAAUGGCAGUGGUACAGGAAGUUUAAAGGCAAGAAGACCGACCAAGGGUCACAAGAUUUGGACAACAUCGGCAGCGAUAUAACUGGGGACAGUUCGCAGUACGAUCCAGGUGCCACCAUGAGCACAUCUGCAGAAGGGAACGAGUUUGCGGACGGACUGCCUCCGAACGCCUACCAGAUGCUCAUGGCCCUCGAGGAUACGAGUGGAUCCGGCGGCGGACCGAGCCUACUUCACGAGAUCACAAUCGGACAACAGAUCACUCUUAUGGGAAAGGUGGGAGCGGGAGGAUUCGGCAACGUGUCAUGGGGAUACUAUCAAUACGAGCCAGUUGCCGUCAAAGUGUUCAAGGCGAACGACGAGAAUGCUUUCAUGAAGGAAGUGGAAAUCUUUGAGACGAACAUGCUGAGACAUCCGAACGUGUUGCGGUACAUCGGAAACGAUCGAAUCGGUUCUUUCUUGAAUUUGACUUUCUCCAAUUAUGCUCUCAUGUUUCAGAUGGUGGAUUGACCACAGAGUUGUGGCUCGUGACCGAAUACCAUUCGAACGGUUCACUUCACGAUUUCCUGGAAGCCAACACGCUCUCGCUCCAAACCUGGUUCACUCUGAUCCGAUCAACCGCGAGCGGACUUUCCUUCCUGCACACCCCCGUCGCCGGAACCAAAAACUCGGCGAAACCUGCGAUUGCCCACAGAGACAUCAAGAGUCGGAACAUCAUGGUCAAACACGAUCUGACCUGCGCGAUCGGAGAUCUCGGGCUCUCGGUGUCGCUCAAUGUGACCACGAGGACCAUGGACGGACAGUACAACCCAAAAAGUGGCACAGUGAGAUAUCUGGCGCCCGAGAUUCUGGACGGAACGAUCCCGGACGAUCUUUUCGAGAGCUUCCUGAGAACAGAUGUGUACGCGUUCGCCCUUGUGAUGUGGGAGGCGUUGGCUCGAGUUGAGGAGCCCGGAGUGACCGCUCGUCAGGCAGGGACCACAAUCCCGUACUAUGAAUGGGCGGAGAGGGAUCCAUCUGAUGCGAAAAUGAAGGAUAUUGUGUGCACCAAAAGGCUGAGACCACCAGAGAAUCCAGUUUGGAGGAAAACACAGGUAGGAACACUCAUAGUUUCACGCAAAAGGUAUUGGUUUCUUCUGUUUCAGCACUUCAAAGAGAUCAUGAAUGUGAUCAGUACAUCAUGGAAUGCCAACCCGACCGCCCGUUUCACUGCACCACAAGUUAAAGUGCGACUCGAAAAGGAGUAUAUGAAAAUGCGGGAGAUCAAAUUCGUAGCGGAAAAUAAACUCGCUGCACCGGAAGCGCCGGCCGAAACUCCAAAACGUCUGCCAAAAGGACAAAAAGAGUUCGAAAUGGUCCCGAUGGUAUCACUGGUUUCUCGUGGUGCAAAGGUCUACGAUCAAGGUACCUGAAACCACUGAAUUGAACAAUAUCUGGAAUGUCCGUUUUCAGAAACCGUGGAGAAUCGGAACGGGCAGUUCAAGGCAAAAGACGAGAUUAAUGACCCGCUUCUGAGCUGA